GCCUGACUGCUCAGUACCGGCGGACAAAGGAUACUCUGGGGACUGCGGACAGCGGACACCCUCAUCAGAGCCGAUUUUGUCGCCGCGCCGCUCGCCGCCGUCUCCGCGUGGAGAACAUCGAUUCGAUGGCGCGCCGCGCGGCCGGUGGGCGGCGGCGGCGGCGGCGGCGGCGGCGGCCAGUCGGGUCCCGCCAGUAGCGCAGGCACCCGCCCCGAGGUCGUCAGUACGCUCCGCGCGACAGACAGUGCUGCACCUACAUAUACCGGGAGGGCUUAUGAUAGACAGUGUGCGUGAGACGGCAAUUGUGAUAAACGGAGCCACAAGAGCAAACGGUGAUAGCGAUUACUGUGACUUUGAGUGACCGGUGCUCUUGACUUGGACGACCGUGAUCACGGUUGACCAUGAUUUUCGAUGACCUUGAUCUCUAGGACAGUGACCUCGGUGACCUUGACCUAGGCUCAUGGCGUUCCAGAGUGACGUCAUGCCGAGGUGUGUGUCAGUGUGAGUGGUGCUGCGAACGGAGUGAGGGACCGGAGGUGCUUCCGCUCCGGUGAACGGUGCAGGAAGGGAGCACCCCGGAAUGGGGAGGGAGCACCGGCUCCCCCGGCCAGCCUCCAUGGCUCUUGGGGUCCUGGUCGUCACAUGGAGCCUCCUGCAGUGCGGUGGCGCGCUGAUUCUGACUGCCGAUGAGCCGCCGUCCCGUCCGCCGUGGCAGCGUCCCUCCAUGCUACAGCCGGUGUUCAUGAACAACAGCGUACGACAUGUGGUGGCGUCAGUGGGACGACCAGCUCACCUACACUGUAACAUCCAACACCUCGGAGAUAAAGUGGUGUCCUGGGUGCGGAAGCGGGACCUGCACAUCCUGACUGUCGGCAUGUUUCCGUACACGACCGACACUCGCUUCAAGGCGCUGCACUCGGACGGCACUCAGGAGUGGACACUCAAGGUGCUGGGUGCCACGAUCGCCGACAGUGGCGUCUACGAGUGCCAAGUGAGCACUCAGCCCAAGAUGAGCCUGAGCUUCACCCUGCAGGUGGUCGUCGCUCGCGCCCGUAUCGUGGGCAACCGGGAACAGCACGUCAAGUCGGGCAGUGACGUCAAUUUGACAUGUCAGUUGAGUCACGACUCGAGCGCCAUCUAUUGGUACCACCGCGACAAGGUGGUGACCUCAAACUACUACCAGCCGGGCAGCCAGAGGAUACGGAUAGAGACGGCGCCCACCUACAGCAGGCUGCACAUCACCGGUGUGGUGGACAGUGACUCCGGAGUCUACACAUGCUCCCCGGUCGGCAUCGACCCCGUGUCUGCCGUGCUGCACGUCAUCAACGGUGAGCAUCCGGCAGCGAUGCAGCACAACUCUGCCAGGUGCCGGCAGUGCGGCGGCUCUCCGCUGCUGGUGCUGGAGCUGGUGCUACUGAUGGUGCUGGUGAACCACUCGAUCCGCCGGUGAAACUGCGCCCAGGCCACCGGAGUGCGCAGUCAGCGGUCAGAUUAUGGGACGUGACAGUCCAAGUGACGGGACACUAGAGGACGGAGUGAAACAUUGAUCAGUGACGCAGUGACCGCAGCGCAGUGACCGCAGCGCAGUGAGCAGUGACCUCGUGUGGGAGCCCCAUGGGCCGAUGGGCCACUGACGUAAUUAUGACGUAACAGUCACGGCAGGGAUGUCUGCGCCCGGUCCCUGCCGAGUGCCCUCUACAGCUAUAGAAACUAGCUUAUACAUACGAAGCCCAUUACACUCACUGAGCCAUGCAAGUCUCCUGCGCUCCACGAUAUGCGCUGAAUCUGCCAUAAAACCUGAUCACAAAGAAGGCGGACAGCUGAUACUCGAGCUCCGUUGUCCUGUUUAUGUGCUGUUUGGUGUUCGGAGAAACUGUGGAUUGUGAAAGAUUGUGGAAGAGUGUGGUGCGAAAUUCGAAAAUGAACUAACGUUCUGUGGUGACUGACUGCUCCCCCGCACUUUCGAGCCCUUCCCCACCCUGAGUCCGGAAUGGUGAGAACUGGCAAUAUGGUCCGAUCGACUGAGAAGAAGCGUGGGCUGCCCUUUGAGCGCUCCGGUGGGGACAACUGGGCCGGCCAUCGGAGGAAGCCGUGAACUCGGAGUUACGGCUGGUCUUACUAUGUAGAUAACUGAGACGCGCAGUGGGUAAUAAGUGAGUGACUCAGCAGGUCUGGUCGGGAGAGACACGAGACAGCAGGCAACUGAUGAGAAAUCGGUGAACAUUCUACUGGGAGACAAAUGCAAGGCAGCAGGAAGCGUCCUGUGUAUGGCCACUCGUGAGGCAUCAGGAUUCAGGAUGCAAUAUGCAGAGAGACACUAGCCGCGUUUACAUAGGGCUAGUUGCCAGAUAGUGGAAUUCCGAUACCGAGACAUUUAUUCCACUAACGAGACAUUUCAGGCACAUUCCGCUAGUUCUGACGACCUAUCCAGCCAGAAGGCCGGAUAGUUCUUCAGAACUAGCGGAAUUUGCAUGACAUGUCUCGUUAGUGGAAUAAAUGUCUCGGUAUCGGAAUUCCACUAUCUGGCAACUAGCCCUAUGUAAACGCGGCUACUGACAGCAUUGAGCAUUCUGCGAUGCGGCACUCGUGUGGCAGCGGCGAGUGCUGAUGCAUGCUCCUGAGACAGCAGUCAGCGUUCCGCUUAUAGACCCGGAUGCUCCACUGUAUCCCAGAACGAACAGCGGGGGCCGCGCGGUGUGCUGACAUCGGCAACAAUGGCAGAUUGUGUAUGUGUUCCGUAUAUAUGCGUCAAUGUGAAGUGGAAAUCAAUGGUAUUUGUGCUAUGGAAAAUGGACAGAAUUAUGCUAUAAGGACGCCGCCAAGUAUGUAUUCGGCAAACACUCGGCCGUCCUUAAAUAGACUGAAAGUGUGCAAUAUGAAAAGUUAGAUGUCAAAUGAGACACGGUGUAUGCAAUGUAUGUAAACAACAUAAAUACCCAGUGCAGUUUAUCUAUGACUGUCGCUAAAUGAGAAAUGCAAAACGCAACAAAUAAACCAGAACGAUGCAUUGGCAAAAUUGAUUCAUCUGCAGAAAAUUUGUUUCUUUGCUUUCAGUGGAAGCGAUUAGCAUAAAGUUUUCACUUUGAAACUUGAAACUUGUUAUUUUAUAUGAUAGAAGUGAAUUUGAAAUAUGUAUUCCGUCAAAUGUCAGGUUUUCAAGUUGAUACGCAUAUCUUCCUCAUCGAUGGUUGUCCUUAACUUCAAUGUUGUUUUCCUGCUCUUGUUUAGAGGUUGGCUUAAUUUCUUUUCUAUUUAGUCUCUGUUUUCGAAAAUGUGAAUAAACGUAGACCUUUCAAUUGUCGAAAAUGAGCAACUACAUUUCCUUGUAAAAUAGAAUAUUUUCACUAAGAAGAAAAACAGCCACAACACAGCAUUACUUUCGUCGAUCGUAAAUAACAAUGUCGCUAUAAUUACAAUUGUAUGAUAUGUGUAUUGUGUAUCGUAAUAAAGUGACCGUUGCAAGUAACGAAUGAUGCGCAAUGCGUGGAAGUUUUUGACGAAUGCAAUGGGGAUUGGUCAGUGUGCGAUGUGCGAAAGCCAGAAAUGUGUUUGUUGUCUGUUGAUUUGUGCCCAGAAAAUUAUGAGAACAUGAGAGAGAAUGAAAAUACAGCCACCCUAUGUGAA